CAAAGUAUCAAAACUAUAAAGAAAAGUGCCAAAUACCAAAGAGAAAUCAGACCUAAAUAUGAUGUUGACAAGCAUUCAACUUUAUGUUGCCAAUGUGAAUCAUGAUGGCAGAGGUUUAAGUGAAGUUUAACAAUAUAUUCUGCAAUAAUAAUGGGAGAGACUAAAGAAGCAAGUAUUAAGAUAGACUCUGACAUCAAGUCAACCAUUGCUAGUUAUUUAAAGGAAUAUAAUAAUAACAAUAAUGACCAGGAAAAAGUAGUUCCUGAUGAUGUCACAGAAUGGUUCAGUUCGCAAAUACAAAUAGAACGAGAUCGAUGGCUGGAAAAGAUCAAAGUCGCGCUUCAAGAAAUUGAUGUUCAGCGACGUAAUACAUUAGGUGCUCAAUCCGUCAUACAACAAUGCUGUGACCAGCUGACUGUGCUUCUACAGUGCUUCGAUAUUGGUGAUGAGGUGCUCAGAGACAUUACAGAAAAAGAAUCAAAAGAAGCGCUUCCAAAAUGUGUCGAGAUUUUAACGGAAAUAUGUAAUUCCAUGAUGGAGGAACAUUUUGAGUGUUUGGAUAUUCUCGGAAUUGAACAAAACGGAUUUAAUCUUGCUGUGGUUCUUAAACAAACAAUUGAUGAACUUUUAAGUGAAGCAAAAGACUCCAGUUUGGAAAGAGAAAAUCAAAAUUUGUAUGAAGAAUUGAAUAACUUGAAAAAUUUACUCUACCAAAAACAAAAUGAUGUUGAAUCUUUGCAGAAGCAACUCAAUGAAAUAAAUGUGGUAAUUGAGGAGCAGAUGUUAGCAAAGUCCGAGGUCAAGGAAGAGGUGCAAGAUCACCAAAAAGUUGAAAUUGUAUUAGAAAAACCUACAAAAAAUGCCAAUGCUUCAUCCAAACCACCUUCUUUAUCUAAUUCAGUCCUUUUUGAAAUUGUUCCCUCGGUAACUAAACUCGACACGCGUGAUACCAGAUCAGAGCGAAUCUCUUCCGAAAAAUCAACAGCUACAUGUAUGUCUUCCAAUAAAGGUUACGGACAUCGAAGUGAUCGCUCAACAGCGGCAAGCCAAAGUUUAGUUACAAGAGAUAGAUCAUACAUACAAAUAUCUGAAGAGAAGUUGCGCGCCCUGAAAAUACAGGCCAAAAAACUUGAGACAUCCCUCCACGAUGCAAUUUCUAGUAUGGACAAAUUUAAUAAGAAAUGUUAUGUUGGUGACAAAACCAUCUCCAGUGUCUCAAGUUCUGUAACUCUAUCAAAUGUCCUGGCUAAAAACACAAAAAGGGGGGACUACUCCACCAGUCGUCUGCUUCAAGAUCUGAAAGUGCCCUCAUGGCACCGACAGCCUCUAGAAAUUAAAGGCUCUCAUUCCAGUUUUAAUGGUCUGGACAGUAAAAUGAAAGUAACAAAUUCCCGUAAUGCGAACUCCGAAGGUCGUCGAACAAAAGAUGAAUCCACUGAUGAGGUCAAAGUUCAAGAACAUUGUCAACUGUCUCAAAGGGCAUUCAAGCGACAAGGGCCUGUUGCAAAAUGUCUACGUUGUCAGAAACUUUUUAGAAAGAUUGAUAAUCAUAAGUUAGCAUGCUGCUAUCAUCCUAAGCCAAAGGAGAGAUUCGAAAAGUACAAUAAUUCUGGGCAGUUAUUACGCGUGAUGUAUGUAUGGAAAUGCUGCAGACAUGAAAUAGAGCACGAAGGUUGUUGUUUUGGACAACAUGUCUGAUUGGACAGGAUGUCUUAACACCGGCUGUUCGUUCUGAUUGGACAGAAUGUCUAAAAACCUGUUGCCCAUUCUGAUUGGACAGUAGUAUGUCUAAACACUGGCUGCCCAUUCUGAUUGGAAAAUAGUAUGUCCAAACACUGGCUGUCCAUUCUGAUUGUCAGUAGGAUGUCUAAACACUGGUUGUCCGUUUUGAUUGUAAACACUGGUUGUCUGUUCUGAUUGGACAGGAUGUAUAAACACAAGCUGAUCAUUCUGAUUGGACAGUAUGUCUAAAAAUUGACUGUCUAUUUUUUUUGUUGAAAUGUAGAAAAAAUCAUACUAUAUAUAUAUUGUAAUUAAAUUGUCCCUGAUA